AUGGGAAGUAAGUUGGAUAUUUUCAGAUAGUUUUUCUGGAAAGCAGGCCUGAUGAAUAAAUAAGUAACUGAACUAAUAUAUUUCUUUUUUCCAGUCAAGUUCCUCGAAUUCGUCAAGCCGUUCUGCGGCUUCGUGCCGGAGGUCUCGAAGCCAGAGCGAAAAAUUCAAUUCCGUGAAAAGAUGCUCUGGACCGCCAUCACACUUUUCGUCUUCUUGGUGUGUUGUCAGAUUCCACUUUUCGGAAUCAUGUCGACUGAUUCGGCUGAUCCAUUCUACUGGCUUCGUGUGAUUAUGGCAUCGAAUCGUGGUACUUUGAUGGAGUUGGGUAUUUCGCCAAUCGUCACUUCUGGAUUGAUCAUGCAACUUUUGGCUGGUGCCAAGAUUAUUGAAGUUGGAGAUACACCAAAGGAUCGUGCGCUUUUCAACGGAGCUCAAAAAUGUGAGUUUUUUCUACAAAGACUUUUCUAUAUCAAAAUUUAAAUUUUUCCAGUGUUCGGUAUGGUUAUCACUGUUGGACAAGCUAUUGUCUACGUUAUGUCUGGAUUGUACGGAGAGCCAUCAGAAAUCGGAGCCGGAAUCUGUCUCUUGAUCGUUGUCCAACUCGUCAUCGCCGGUCUCAUUGUUCUCCUUCUCGACGAACUUCUCCAAAAAGGCUACGGUCUCGGCUCAGGAAUCUCGCUCUUCAUCGCCACCAACAUUUGCGAAACCAUCGUCUGGAAAGCCUUCUCGCCAGCCACAAUGAACACUGGACGUGGAACCGAAUUCGAAGGAGCCGUCAUCGCCCUCUUCCACCUUUUGGCCACCAGAUCUGACAAAGUUCGCGCUCUUCGUGAGGCUUUCUAUCGUCAAAACUUGCCAAAUUUGAUGAAUUUGAUGGCGACUUUCCUCGUUUUCGCUGUGGUUAUCUACUUCCAAGGAUUCCGUGUCGAUCUUCCAAUCAAAUCUGCUCGUUAUCGUGGACAAUACAGCAGUUAUCCAAUCAAAUUGUUCUACACCUCGAAUAUUCCAAUCAUUCUUCAAUCGGCUCUUGUUUCAAAUCUCUACGUCAUUUCACAGGUAAUUUUUGGACUUUUUCAGAGGAAAAGGGAAAAGAUAGUAUCUUUUUUGCGGAGAGAUGACCUUGGGUCUGACCUAGAUUAGGAAUUUCAGAAUCCUUCAAAUCAAAAUUUUCGGCUGAAAGUGACAAAGUUUAAAAUUUAAAAAAAAAUGAAAUUUUCUAAAAAUCAAGAAUUUUGGAAAAUGAAAGAAUCUGAAAUUUUCAGCCAAAAAAAACAAAAUAUAAAUUUUUCGAAUAAAAAUGGAAAACUUUCAAAAACCAAUAUCAUUCCAGAUGCUUGCCUCGAAAUUCGGUGGAAACUUCUUGAUCAACUUGCUCGGAACCUGGUCAGAUGCUUCAGGAAGCUACAGAAGCUACCCAACCGGUGGACUCUGCUACUAUCUCUCCCCACCAGACACUCUCGGACACAUUUUGGAAGAUCCACUCCACUGCAUCGUCUACAUUGUCUUCAUGCUCGGAUCAUGCGCCUUCUUCUCAAAAACCUGGAUCGACGUGUCUGGCUCAUCGGCCAAAGAUGUUGCCAAACAAUUGAAAGAACAACAAAUGGUUAUGCGCGGACAUCGUGAAAAAUCAAUGAUCCACGAAUUGAACAGAUAUAUCCCAACAGCCGCCGCGUUCGGAGGACUCUGUAUUGGAGCACUUUCGGUAACUGCCGAUUUUAUGGGAGCCAUUGGAAGUGGAACUGGUAUUUUGUUGGCCGUCACAAUUAUCUAUCAAUAUUUCGAGAUUUUUGUUAAAGAACAACAAGAAAUGGGAGGAGUAGCCGCCAUGUUCUUCUAG